GACCAGAAUACAACCAGCUGGGUAAACAUGGCGUCUGUCUCUGGAUGUGAAAAUUACAUGUAGCGCUUUCGUCUGUUUAACGGUGCAUGUGUCGCACCGACGUCCCGCAUUUGAUCCCCGGACAGAGCAACGUGAUGGACCCGACGCACGAAGAGAGGAAGAGGAGAAGGAGAGAAGCGCUUCACUGAUGCUGCUUUAUAUUUUUGCUCUCUGCACAGCAUGAGUGGUCUGAUGUCUGCCCGGACCCUGUGAUUGGCGCAACAUAAUUGCUUUUGUUAACAGACGCACUGAUUUAUAUUCCGGUCGAGGUGUCCACUUUUAUUUAAUCUGACAAACAUCAAGGCUCUCGUUCUGUGGACUGGCUCCCGUAGUGUCCUGUUUUUUGGGUCCACUCUGCUGUGGGACCCCCUUUAUAGAUUAUAUAAUCAGGUUCAUAUUUUCUUCAUCUCCUUGGCCCCACAGCUCCUUUAACCUCACUAACAGAUGUGCUGCCCGGACAGUGUAAGAGCAGCAUGGUCAGUCUGACUGCACUUUAUGUGGACAGCUGCUCUAUGACUGUUAACUGUGCUGCACUGUGUGCUGUGUUUCUCAUGCCUUGCUCAACAACACCACUAUGAUAGGCUCACCUGACCUGGUGGCUUUCACUAAAGAGGAUGACUAUGGGGAGACGAGUCCCGACCCCUGGGCUCUCCCCGAGGAGUUCUCUGUUCCCCUCCAUCCGCUGGCUGACUCCAACCCCUGGGCCAAAACCUCUUAUGCCAAGUUCACCAAAGACUUCAUCCUCAUUUCUGAGUUCUCUGAGCAGGUGGGCCCUCAGCCUCUCCUCACCAUCCCUGAUGACCCCAAAAUCUGUGGCACCUUCGAUCUCAACUACUUCUCCCUGCGCAUCAUGUCAGUGGACUACCAGGCCUCCUUCGUGGGGCAUCCGCCUGGCACUGGCUACCCAAGGCUCAGCUUUGUGGAGGACUCUAGGGUGGUGCUGGGCGACUCAAAGGAGGGCGCGUUCGCCUAUGUCCAUCACCUUACGCUUUACGACCUGGAGGCCAGGGGCUUUGUGCGACCGUUCUGUAUGGCGUACGUUUCAGCAGAUGAGAGGAAAAUCAUGCUGCAGUUUCAGGAGCUGUCCCUCCGCUUCUCCCAGGCCUCUGAGUGUCUGAAGGCGGGGAACCGGAGAGCAUUUGCCAAGGAACUCCAGAGGAAGCUGCGGGACCUGGAGUACACCCACUCUGUGCUCCAGAGGGAGGAGGGCCUGCAGAGAGAGGCGGGGCCUCAGUGUAUGUACUCCGCUCAUGCUGUGGAGAAGGCCAACGAGCUCGCAAACGUGGAGAAGAGCAUCUAUGAACACAGAGACCUGCUGAGACAGAUCAGCUCCUACCAUCACCGUCCGCGCCGAGAUCCUCAUGCUGUCACCUGCCAGAAGUGUAUCACCGAGUGCUUGAGUGAGUGCGAGGUGCUGUUAGACAAAUACGCCAAGCUUGCCAACCCCUUUAGUUACUGUGACAAGGGGAAGAAGGAGGAUGAAGGGCAGAGUCAGAUAAAUGAGGAAGGAGGCGAAGACGAAGUGAACGAGGAAGAAGACGAGGGCGUUAAACGCAGGCCGUCCUACACGCCACAGCUGAUCAAAGCUAAGUCUGCAAAGUGUUUCGACAAGCGCCUGAAGACCCUGCGAGAGCUGUGCGACAAUACUUUCUACGAGGCCACGGUGGAGCUCUUGAAGGACACUGAGAAGAGUUUCCGGGGGGACCUGUGCUACCUGUACACACGCCGCCUGGACAGGACACUACGCAGGAAACAGAGAGUUACCAACUUCCUGUUUGAGGAGGACCUUGGUGAUGAAGAUGAGGAUGAAAGGGGAACACUAAGACCAUUCUGUGCUGUGAACCAUGCUGUAGAUAACUACACACUCUUAAAUCCGCCUCCUAUUGUACUAGGACCAGAACCUUUAGAGCUAGAUGCUCUGGAGCCUCCACACCCUCUAGACCCAUCCUCUGAGAUCAGCCGUCCUCAAGAGUUGUGCGAGCUUGGGCUUGUAGGGAGCCAUCUGGAGUCCUCCCCCUCAGACCAGACUCUGGAGACCCAGGAGAGCUCGGAGGAGACCAAAGGAAGCUUCAGCAGCGAUAAGAGCGGGACGGGUCAAGCAGACAGGCAACAGAAUCUGGCUAGUAUAACGUCAGAAGGCCCUGAUUCUGACCUGACCCCAGACCCUGACCACAACACUGACCUGGAGAGGGAGAGCAGCAGUGAAGAGAUGGAGACCACAGCUGGGGAAGAUGAUGGUGACAACGGGGGAGACCAAACACCCGUGUCUUUGCUGGAAGUGAUGUCUGAGCUGGAGGCCAGCAGGGAGGAUGAGUGCGAGGGAGCAACUGAUGGGGCUUGCGAGAUACAGUCUGACCUGUUGGUUCCAAUAGACACAGCGUGCUGUAUGGCCCAGGAGGGUUUCCUUUAUGAGGCUUCUGCCCCAGAGACGGUGCCUCAUCAUGAACAAAGCUCCUACCUGCAGCCUUGUCAAACCCUGGUGGUCAACCAGGAGCCCCAGGCCCAACUUCCACUCCAGGACGACUACACGGUGGGUUCUCCAUCCUCAGAAAGCCCCGCAGCUGGGCUAGAACUGCCUGUGGGACUCCUUGGAGAUGCAGUUUCCCGUACCUCAGCAGAGGAUGGGUCGGACUGUACCAUGAGUGCUUCUACAGGGUCUGAUCGGGCUGCCUCGCCUCUUGGCUACGGGGGUGUGUUGACCCUGCGUCAGAGGAAGAAGCAUGGACAAGGAGCCUUGAAGUUUGUGCGACAGUAUCCGUUUGCCAUGCAAGCUCUGUGGUGUCUGCUGAGCGGGAGAACCCUGGUCGUGCUCGGGGCCGACGAGGGGAGAGUCCGCCGACUGGUUGCUGCUCUGGCCCUCUUUGUGCCUGCUCCUGGGAAGUGUGGAGAGAGGGUUCAAGCCUGGCUGUCCUGCCCCUUCACCCUUACUGACCUGCAGAGGUGGAAACUCAUUGGAUUGCAAAGAGUAGCGUCCCCUGUGGGUUCCAGCAUGCUUUACUCACUAUCCCGCUACAGCCGCUACAUCUCCAUCCUGGAUGCCGACCAGAAGACCUUGCGCUGUCCACCAUAUCGUGGCCAACUUCUUGCCAACAUAGCCGACCACCGCACCUACAUCCGCCGUGGUUCCACCUACUUCCUUCACUUACAGAGCAUGCUCUGUCGCCUGGCAGCCAAGGCCUUCCUGUAUACCUUUACCCAUCACCUCCACCUGCCGGUCAGCUCCACGGAGGGGUCCGAGGUCGUGGAGGGCAGACGCCGCUGCUUCCUGCAGGAGCAACUGGGGCUGGGCGAGGAGGACAGCCUGAUACUGCUCUACCUCAGCCAGCUCAUUACGCAGCAGUACCUGCAGCCCGCAACCGGGAGCAGUGCAGCAGCAACUUGUUUUAGUUUUAACUACACCACCAGCGUUUUUUAUAAAAUCUAAUGGGAGGAGGAUUCCCACGCAGGUUUUAGCAGAAAUCAUCUUUGACCUUUGAUUUUUAAAGGACCACAGGGGAUCUUAGUAAGGUCUUUUAGUUUGAGGAGUAACUCUGAACUGGUUAUUGUUUAUUAUCUCUCUGCCUUGCUGUCCUUUUCUCUGCUCUUUCCUCUGUGUGCAGGGAAAAGGAGACAGAGUGAGUCAUGAAUGUCAGUGAGUGGUGUAUUUGGUCCGGAGCAUGUUGACACUCAUAAACACACAUUACAGAGCAGGCUUAGAUCGGCUCUACUUAUUGUCCUUUCAGUCAUUUGUGUGUUUUUCACUUCCAUGGGAGAAAAAAAAUGUUACUUGGGUCUGUCAGUGCCCCCACACCUCACCCCACACACACACACACACACACACACACACACACACACACACACACACACACACACACUCAAGUCACUCCAACACGGCUGUCUGUGUGUCGUAAGUGCUGGUCUGAACUCAGCCACGGCUCUGUGUUAACACCCACCAUCCGCUGAGCAGCUAUAUGUAAACAUGUUUUUCAGGAUUAAGGCAACAAACUCGCAUACGCUGACGCUUUCUGGCUGUGGAGAACAGACGUCUCUCUGAAUCUGUCCAUGAGACCUUAUUAGCACCAUGCAGGCUUGUUACAGCUGGUUUUGUGACAUGCCUCUCUGACACAUAACUACUUCAUAACUUCCAAGGGCCAAAACCUUUCUGAACCCUAUCUUUUUUUAAAUAUAUAUUUCUGUGUCACUCACUGGCAAUCACACUUUCAGUUUUCUCUUUUGGGGGUGAAUUUUAACACACGUUCCUGCAGUAAUGGAUGUUUGCUUCCUAAUAGAGACGGUGUUGAAUUUGAACUGUGCAGGUUUGACCUUUUGAGAGCACAGAGUAAACAUUCCCAAAGGCUGCUUUCAGGCUGUGAUGCAUGAGGAAGUGUAUUUGCUGUGUGAAUUAGACCCAGUUGGCUCCACGUGAUAUUGCAUGUCCAGAGAAAUAACGCCAUCCCUCACACAGUCACCCAGGGCCAGCAGCAGCCAAAACCGCUGGCAAGCAUUUCUAUAGAUAUUACUCACAUGGCCAGGAACAUUUUAAAGCUACUUAACUUAAAUGUAUUGAAUUUCACUGUUGUCUUACAGUUGUGUGAGAGUGUUGUGGUGUUAGCAUGAGACUGUCUUGUGCCGGGGUGAAUCACCGUACUGAUAAUAUUUCUGUUUUGUUGUAUUUGGAUGACUUUGACAAGAUACUGAACAGUUUGAGGAGAUGUUGCUGAGACAGUGAUGUUGUGUUUGUAUAGAUUUUAUUAUGGGAAAAUUGUACUUUCUGUGCCAUCAAAAGCAAAACUCUAAGCUUGACAAUUGAAUUUAGGACUAUGCCUAUUAUUUAUAUAUAUAUAUAACAGCACUGUGCGGUGAACAAAACUAAACAGGUCUAUAUUUAUUGCAUUAGGACAAAAUUUGGAUUAUGGUCAUCAUGUUGAGUAAACUCAGAUUUCCUCUUUGGAGGAUGCUGGAGAAUUUCACAAUCUUUAUGUUUUAAGUUCUGUCACAUCGGCCAGUGAGACGACACUGAAGAAGCGUCUUUGAUAGUAUUUUAGAUUUUACUGUUCCUAAUUCUGUGGCAUCCGUGAUGGAGUUGUACUUCUAUAUCUAGGAUGGUAACUGUACUUGUGACUGCAUGGUCAGAGUUUUAAUGUGAAAGGUCAAACAAUGUGGGAUCGUGGCAACUGUCCUUCCUGCUACGAACAAGACUAAUUUUAAAUCAUACGCUUUUAAUUAUUAACAGCAACCUUACAUUUUGAAUUCCACCUAAUGUAUUAUUUUAUUUUAGUGCAAUUUUUGGGCUUAAUGAUGAUUUUAUUUGCCACAUGCGAUUUUAAUUUUUUACUGCUUAAAAUAAAAAAAAAUUCUGCUGAGAUGUAUUAUUUUUUUUUUAGAUAUUAUUCCUCUAAUGCAAAAAGGUGAAUGUAAUCUAAAUAAGCCAUACCACAGUGUGCUUAACAUGUCGUCACUCAGUGUCCUUACGUUGCCAUAUCAUGUCUACCUUUUGUAUUUCAUCAUGAAGGGGCGCCAUGCUCACUCCAGCCCUGUACAACGGCGUUGCUGCCAGUGAUUUUAAUAAAGCACGUUGUGAAUGUCUUGAUGCUUCUAUGUAAUGAUAUUCAUUUAUUCCAUUAAAUUAUUUGAAUCCA